GCUUAGUUAGUGGAAUGAUCUCUGCUCGUUUUCAUCUUCACAGAGAAUAUAAUGUCUGUGUCGUGGCCCCAUGAUUGUUUCGUUAAUUACAUGUCCCCUCUUCCGGGGCUCGUGCAGGUAUUUUUCAUUUACCUGUUCAAUUCCGUAUAUUGCUGGCCACGGAUGAAAAAUGAGGAGAAUUUUGCCCUUUCUUGGAUAUCUGUGUAUAUUUCUAUAUACAGCAUGGGCACAAAAAUUAUGCGGAUCCAGCUUCAUGAAUACUUCACAGAUGUGUGUUUCUGGACAUAUUUCCGGUGACAGUGUCAUGUUUGAUUUUGCUCCAUUCGAAUCCGCCGGGACGCCAUCUUGUAGCUGCACUAUUUACAUCGUCGCCGGAAGUCGCUUGGAGUUUAAUUACGUCUACUCCCCGGGAUAUUACGGAUGUGGUUCCGCUAUUACAAUAAGUCACCAGACGACGUCCACCAUCCAGUGUCUGCAGGGCGCAGAAUCACUGUCCGUGACGCCUGGAGAUUCCGUCACGGUUCAAAUAACCCGGGAAAGGGAUGCGUUUGAUUCCAAAUACUGCUAUUUGCUGCGUGCUUAUCAGAUGAAUGAUCUUGACAGAGUUCCUGGUUCCAUGAUAGUAGUGUGCAGCCAGCCACAGCAAUCUUCUACCACAUCUGUCACCACCAAUAUCACCACCAUCACCACACCUAACAACCAACUAAGUACCACAAACGCUACCAUUACCAGCACUAAUGCUGUCAGUUCAACACAGGCGUACAUUUCUACCACUGAAUUGAAUUCACUUCCUCUGACAAGUGUCAGUGAAUUCGCCAGCACAGUAUUUAUCACUGGGUCAGCGACGACGGUAAACAACGACACUGUGACGGUCAGACAGGAAACGGAACACUCGGAGAACCGUGGCCUCGCCCAUUUUCCCUGGGAGAUAAUUACACCACUAAGUAUCAUUAUCUUCAUCCUCAUUGUCGUCGCUAUCAUCAUCUUCAAGGUCAGAAGAAGGCGGUACCUUAAGUCCACGUACAAACCAGCAGAAACAAGGACCACAAGUUGGGCCUUCAACCAGCCCUCGCUGAGUGUAACCACCCCCAAGACACCCCAAAGCUUGAAGCCACGAAUUGAGAAAACAGAUAGUGGUGUGUAUUCAACGUUAGGAGAAAACGACAAACGUUCCACGGAAUCAGUUCACAAAGCGGUGGAGAAAUACUACAAAGAAGUGAGUAUAGACGAAGCCAUUGUAAAAUCCGAGGCCCGGAAACUACGACGACAAGAAGAGGCGAAGGAGGAGGAAGAGGAACAGGGCUUGGAUAAUGCGGGGUUUGUGGGAGAUGAAACAAUUCACGAGAAUUCUUCGCAGAAUAUAUCGUCUGCUGGGUCCUCGCAGAGUGACAUCACUACCUUUAUCAGUAAAAUCUGCGCGACGGAUACAGAGAACCAGAACUUUUUCCUGGAUUAUAAGGACAGAGACGCGAGUAAGGAGGAUACAUCUGUGAAAGUUGUGAAUGAAGAGGUACUGUCCUCACCUUGUGUUGUGAACGAACAAACUUCAUUUGUGUCAGAGAAACAAGAAACCCCGACGUCACUUCCUAUAGACACGGGGUAUGUCAUCAUUGACGUGUUAGCUGAUAUUUAGCUAAAUAACGCUUUGUAUGCUAAUAUUUAGCUAUGAUAUCAUAUAUACUCAAAUAUUCUUUGGAAUUCUGACAAGUGUGGAAAAAAAAUCCUCAAUUUAACUACAUAAUUGCACUAGUAAUCAACUUUGAAAGAAAAAGUUUGACAUACAUUAUCAACGAUGAUCUUAUGUGAUUUAAUAUAUAUUGCAUCGAAAUCAUAUAAACUCUAAAUGAAAUAAAUAAGAAAGAUAA